AUGAAACAACUACCAGCAGAAACAGUUCGUCUCCUUUCAAGUUCUCAGGUGAUUACAUCAGUUGCCAGUGUGGUGAAGGAGCUAAUAGAAAAUUCCUUGGAUGCUGGUGCAACAAUUGUUGAUAUUAAACUGGUUUUGAUCACAACAAAGACACCUGAUGAUGAUUUCAGCAGUCAGUAUGCUUUGGAUAGCAAUGGGCAUAUAGUUUCUAAAAAGCCUUCCAGUCUUUGGCAAGGUACUACAGUAACAGUCUUGAAUUUGUUUAAGAAUCUUCCUGUAAGAAAGCAGUGUUACUCAGCAAAUAAAAAAUGUAAGGAAGAACUGAAAAAAAUCCAAGAUCUUGUGAUAGCCUAUGGUAUCAUAAAACCAGAGCUGAGGAUAACCUUAUCACAUAAUAAGGCAGUUAUUUGGCAGAAGACCAGGGUGUCAAAUCACAAAAUGGCCUUUAUGUCAGUUCUGGGAACAGCCGUUAUGAGCAGUAUGGUACCUUUUCAACACUGCUGUGAAGAUCCUGAGAUAAACAUUUCUGGAUUUCUCCCAAAAGCACAGUCAGACAGUUCUUUGACAAGCCUUUCAAGUUCAGAAAAGAGUUUCAUUUUUGUUAAUAGUCGUCCAGUUCACCAGAAGGAAAUACUGAAGUUAAUUCGACAGUAUUACAGUCAGGUGAAGCAGAAGGGCUGUACUCGUUCAUAUCCUAUUUUCUUUUUGAAUAUUACUGUACCUGCCUCUGCUGUGGAUGUGAAUGUAACACCUGAUAAAACUCAAGUUUUACUGCAUUAUAAGGAAUCUGUCUUACUUGCUAUUGAAAAUGUGUUGAAAUCUGUGUAUGGGCCACUACCUGCUACAGUCUCUGGUGAAAGUAAUAAAACAGAUGUUACCUCAGAAAACAUGUUUGUUUAUAGAACAGAACAAACAGAUGUGGUUGUUAAUGAAAUGGGGCCAUCUGGAAAUGAUGAUCUACAUGCUCAUACUUCAUUCCUGUCACUCAGCAGUGAUGUGCAAAACUGUCAAGGAGGAAAAAACACAGAAAUCUGCUUAAAUCAUCAGAAGUUUUGUGGUGAUAAUGUACAUAGUGGCCUGGACAUAAAAAAGGUUUCUCACAGUGAUGCCCUUCCAGAUAGUUCUUCAUUGUGUGAGGAGGAACAGAAUGGACAGAAUAUGACCAAUAUUCAAAGUAACAGUGUUCCUGUGAGCCCCAAGUCUAAAAAAGCUGAUGAGCAUCUUUUGAGUUCUCAUAAUACUGAUGAAAAAGAAAAAAAUGAAGAAGCUGUAGUCCCUAGAGACUUACCUGAAAUCUCUGCUGAUAAUUGGAGUAUGGGAAGUGGAUAUACAAACCGUCUAGGAAUCAAGGUGAAACCUGUUAAGUUUUUGAUUCCUGAAGUUGGAGGAACAAUUAAUAAGCAAAAUAAACCUCCUGGUAAACAAAGCAAUGAGCCACAAAUUUCAAAUCAAAGUAAAAAGAGAAGAAAUAUUAUAAGUGAGAAAUUCGGACGAGUGACAGCUUAUGACUUAAUUAAUGGUAAAACAAUAAAGAAAGCAAAGACUGCAAUGGAAUUUUACACUCACGAACAUCGUCCAAAAUUGAUAGCUGAUAAUCCAAGGAAAAGCAUGACAGACAUCCUGCUGAUGAUUGAAGAGCAGUGGAAGAAUUUGAAAGAAGAGGAAAAAAAGUAUUAUGAAGUCAAAGCUGCUAAAGACGUGGAACGGUACAACAGAGAGGUCGAGAAAGCUAUGGCACAGACAAAGCCCCAACCAAGGAAGGAGGCAGAAAAACAGAAACCUAAGCCGAAGACUUCCCCAUCCAACCAGCAGAAGCAGAACCAGAUGCUUGAUGUUAUAUAUGACGAGUUCGAACCUCAGGAGCCUUCAAAAAUUGUGACAGUGCCUUUUUCUCUGAGUUCCUGUAGACGUCACCUUCAGAGACAGGAGAGAAAUUAUUCAGAUGAACACAAGCUUCUCCUGAUCCGUCGUCAGAGUUUUCCUGAUGUCUGGAUAUUUGCUACAGAAAAAAAGCUAAUGUUGCUGAAUCCAUACAGAUUGGAGGAAGUCCUCCUACACAAAAGAUUAUUGAUGAAUCAUAACCUUCCAGUAGAGAAACUGGACAAGCCAGUUGUAUUAACAGACAGUCUUCUUGGUGGAUCUGAGUAUAUGGCUGCUCUUUAUAAAAUGCAGCAGGAUUGCCAGAGUUUCAGUGGAUCAGGUUAUUUGUCAGAUCCAAGAAUUGUAGCAAAUGGAUUCCAGAUAAAAGUGAUAGAAGGUGCUUCAGUGGCAGAAAGUCAUCUGGAAAUAGAAGGGAUGGCAACUUGUGUGCCAUAUUACGGUAUUUCUGAUUUGAAAGAAAUUCUGAGUGCAAUAGUUGUUGGAAAUGCAAAGGAAGUAUAUGAAUGUAGGCCUCUCAAAGUAAUAAAUUACUUGGAGGGAGAAGCAGUACGUUUAGCUCGGCAGCUGCCCUUACAUUUGUCCAAAGAAGAUGUACAAAACACAAUUUACAGGAUGAAGCAACAGCUUGGAAAGGAAAAUAAAGGCUGUGUUCAUGGUCGUCCUUUUUUUCAUCACUUAGGAGAUAUUCCAGAAGUUGAUGAGCACAACUCCAUGGAAAUUGUUCAGUAAAUGGAACGUUUUGUUUGGGAUCGUAUUUCUCUUGCCUAAUUUGAUCAUUACUCUAUAAUUUCCUUAUGUUUUGUGCAAAGCUUUUGUAUAAUGACUUUUCAUUAAUCACAUGUUCACCUCCUAGAGACUUUUUUAUUUAAAUUCAAAUGCUAACUGAAAAUUGGAAAUAGUGUGGAGAAACAACUGAUGACUAUUUUUUUUAAGAAUUUAUUAAAGAAAUGUUCUCAA